UGUGAGAUUGUGACCAUGGCAGGGCAAAUAACGUUUGAUUUAGCUGGUAAAUAUAAAAUACCAGCGGUAGGAUUUGGAACUUUUGCAGCUACAGAUGAAAAAGAAUUGGAAGCUGCGUUAGAUGCAGCUUUCGAAGCUGGUUAUAGACAUGUAGACACAGCUACAAUUUAUGGCAACGAACAUAUCAUAGGAAACGUCUUGAAGAAAUGGUUUGAUUCAGGAAAAUUAUCCCGAAAACACUAUGUAGACCUGUACCUGAUACAUUUACCCAUUUGUACAUCGGGCUUUUUAGCUCAUGGGCCAGAAUCAGCCAAACCUGAGCCAACAGAUCAUGUGGCUACUUGGAAGAAACUAGAAGAACAAGUGGAUCUGGGUAGAGCGAAAUCCAUUGGAGUUUCAAAUUUUAAUAUCAGUCAAGUCAAGAGAAUUCUGGAUAAAGCAAGAAUUAAACCGGCAGCCAAUCAGGUUGAAUUGCAUGUUUUUUUGCAACAACCUGAACUGGUGAAGUUUUUAAAACAGAAUGGGAUUUUGCCCAUUUCUUAUUCUACCUUGAGCAAUCCGGGAAUCAACAAGUACUAUGAGAAGGUUGGUAGACCACUUCGAAAGAAUGCUCCAGACCUUCUGGGCAACGCCACAGUAAAAUCCAUUGCCGAAAAACACCACAAAACAGCUGGACAAAUAUUGCUGAAGUACUGGAUCCAGAAUAAUGUUCCGAUCAUUCCAAAAAGCGUCACCCCAAGCAGAAUUAAGGAAAAUAUCGACUUGUUUGACUUUUCUCUGGACGAAAAUGAUCUAAAAGCUUUGGAAAGUUUGGAUUUGGGUGAAGCAGCAAGGACGGCCACUUUCCUGUUGAGUAAAGAAUUUAUUGAGCAUCCAGAAUACCCUUUUCAAAAAAGGCCAUUACCAUAAGUUAAUAUAAGAAUCACAUAUCACACGAAGUAUUGUAAAUAUAAGUUCAUAUUAAAUAAACUUUUGGUCACGUGAUUAAGCUUGACCGGCGCAGUG